AGUAGUAGCCAACAUGGCAGCCUACAAUCGGUAGCUGAAGCGAAAGAUCAAUCAUAUUUUGUACUGUUCUCUCUUUUUCGCUUAACAAUAACGGUGAAUUCUUCGUUGACGGAGGAUAGGGAAACUGGUCAAGUCCUUUGCCAAAUCAAAUCGUAAAUUUUUACAUACAAUAUGCUAGCGAGACACUUAAAAAGCCGGCACCUUGCUUGGUGUUCGGAAUUAAUUCUAAUAUUGUUGGUCACGUCAUCGCUGUUUGUAAUAACAUCAGAUGCAGAGGAACUGAAAUUUAAAAAAGAAAAUGAUUCCAAGGAUGAUGUUAAGGAGGUUGCUAUUAAAAAGAUUGCUUCUAAGCUGAAACCCGAAAUCCCUGAGAUGGACCUGGGUUUUGUCCAUGCCUUCGUAGCAUCCAUAUCAGUGAUUGUGGUCUCUGAGCUUGGAGACAAAACCUUUUUCAUUGCUGCUAUCAUGGCAAUGAGACAUUCAAGACUGAUAGUGUUUGCUGGGGCCAUGGGUGCUUUAGGACUGAUGACAGUGUUGUCAGCUUGUCUGGGUUAUGCCACCACUGUCAUCCCAAGGAAGUUGACAUUUUAUUUGUCAUCUGCUCUGUUUGCAAUAUUUGGACUCAAAAUGCUUAGAGAAGGCUGGACAAUGUCUGAUGAUGAGGCCAAAGAAGAAUAUGAAGAAGUUCAGGCAGAUCUCAGGAAAAGGGAGGAUGAGUUUGAGAAGGAGAAUGUUACAACAGAUAUAGAAACAGGCAUAAUACGAGUAAAGAGGCGUGGCUGGCUGUCUUGUUUACCAAGGAUCUUCAUACAGUCUCUGACAUUAACCUUUUUAGCAGAGUGGGGGGACAGGUCUCAAAUAGCAACUAUUAUAUUAGGAGCCAGAGAGGAGGUAGCAGGUGUAAUACUAGGAGGGUGCAUAGGUCAUGCCCUCUGUACUGGGUUAGCUGUAUUAGGGGGGAGGUUCAUUGCUCAGAGGAUCUCAGCUAGAACUGUCCAUAUGAUUGGUGGAGUUGUGUUCUUGAUUUUUGCCCUCUCGGCUUUUAUAAUUGACCCAGAUGAGCACUCCUUAUAGAGGGAGGACCAUAUGAAAAGAGACAUAUAACUGCACAGAUACAAGAUAUACCAAAGUUUACAAUGGAUGGGGUAUAUACGUUGUGUAUGGGAGUGAAUGAGGCGUGAAGAAUUUCCAUUGACAUCUGGGUCUCUAGUCAACAACUUAAUAGGGAUGAGAUUUUUCUGACUAUCAGCAGAUUUCGGACUUUUUUGGGAGCUAAAAAUAUCAUUGGUCUAGUCAGCUCCAUGGAUCCCAUGCUAUAUUUUCCAACUUUUUCACUAAAUGACAGUGUCAUCCCUUGCUGUUGUCUGAUAGAUUUGUUUUCCAAAUGUCGAAGCAGAUUCCAAGACCUAUUGACAAGGGGUCCUGCAACUUUUACACAAUUAAGUUAUAAACACAGUGUUUCAUUUUCAUCAGAAGACCAUGUAUCAGUGUAAGGUAUGGUUUGCACACACUGUUGCACUUUGCAAUAAAGAAGGUUUUUGUUAAGCUCAUAUCAAUUUUGUCUAUAAAGAAAUCACAAUAGGAGAUAUUGAUCCUUUAAAAUAGAUUUUUUAUGGUCUCUUGUGUAAUAGUUAUAAAAAAGUAAAUUGUUGCUGUGAGGACCAAACUUUUUUCUUUUCCCUACGAGGCAUGACAUUUUGACUCUUCCUGAAAGGACCCUGAUCACACUGACAAGACAGUCAUGAUCAAGGACCUUUGAAGAAGAAACGUAAUGCCUCAUAGUCACAGUCUCUUCAGAAAUUAUUUUCUUAUAUUAUACUUUAUUAUUACUUUAACCUCUUUAUCCCAUGAGGAUCUAAGCACACUUCAUAUCAUAUUGAUGCCUGUUUGAAAGUUGCUGAUAUACCAAGGGCUGUGAAUUAACUGACAUGGAUAGGGUAACAUAGUAUAUGUACAUAUUGGAUUAAGUAUACCACUCCCGGUGUUAAUUUAUGACAUAUGGUGCAUAUACUUCAUUGGUGCAAAAUCAUCCCAAGGAAUGACUGUAUACAAUUGCACUUUAGCUUUGUGCUAUAGUUUUAAACCAAAAGCAAUCUGAAGUAACCCUACACACAGCUUGGUUUGCAAAAUGCUCAUAGGUAAAAUGCAUACCAUGUCUUACCUCUAGGGUCCUUUUACUAGUCAAAGGCCUACAUCUUAAUCAGAAUGAUAGCCUAGCAAAUGGCCUAGAUCAUGAUCUGUCUCUUUUUAUUGCUUACAAAGCAGGUGAUUGUUAGACUUAGUUGGGCAAUCUCAAAGAUUAUAUGUUUAUCUUUUUGAAUAUUGAUUACAGAGAAAUUAGCAGGGAAUAUAAUGGUACAAAUUGAUAUAUAUUCCAGUUGUGCCAGCAAAAAAUAGUAUCAGACAGGAGCUUUGUUUUUGUGAAUUGGGCAGUUGUGAUUUUUUAAAUUCAGUUCUGAAGGCAACCCUCGGACUUCCGGCCAAUAGAUAUUGGUGCCACAAUAAAUGUUCAGAGAUUUUUUCAAAUACUGAGGCUCACGUAUGAAGUUUUCCAAAAACUUUUAAAGAUAAUAACAACUGUGUAUCAUGUAGUAUUCCAAAAAUGAAAAGAUAACAACAACCAGCGAUAAGCUGCCAAGUAAUUAUUCAAAUGUUUUUUUUUUUUUUUUCAAAUAAUGUAGUUAAGAGGUGCAUUUACUUGCACUUGCAUUUCUCAUUUUUAUUAUGUGCAACAGAAAUUAAUCAAACUGUUUUUAUAUGCAAGUGGGUGUAUAGAGCUUUAUUAUAGUUGCAGCCGAGUCACAAUUUUUCUAUCUAGUUAAGAUGUGAGGUUUCAGAUUAAGAUGAUUGUAUAUAUUGUCUUUCAGUUUUCCUUUGGAAUUCCAGUCAUUUUGUUGUUUCAAUUUAUAGUAUAUAUCUUGUGACAAAUUAAUGUAUGCUAAUUAUCUAUUACCACUACAAAGAAUACAAAAGCAUAAAAUGGAUUGUUUGAUUUAAAAAAAGCAUUAUGCUCCUUGAUUACUCCAUUUUUAAAUUAAUGGGUUUCUCAAACUUUUUACCAGAAUGUAUACAUUGAAUUGGCAGUAUAAGAUUGUCUAUUAAAAUUUCAAAGCACAUUGUUAGUUUAGUCUGAACUGAAAGGAUAAUACUGAAAAUGAUAUGUCUGAAAAUAAUUGGAAGCGUUGAAAACAAUCCAAAUAAAUUAUAUCCUUGAAACCAACUUCAGAUUACUAUUUAUAUUUUGAACAGCUGUGGUUUGCUGUGUAAGUUACAUGUUUUUUGAUGGCUGUGCCAUGUGUAAAUACAGAUGUGUAUCAUGUUGUUAUACACUAUGCAUCAUAGAAUUAAUCAUAAGCAAGAUUAUUUAUGUAAUUUGUACAGGUGGCAUUAGUGUUAUGUGGGUAAAAUUAUUGUUAUAUAUUAACCACACCAUCUCACGUGCUAUAACAUGGAAGAUUCUUACAAACAGGGACUGGUUUCUCUUAAAGAUUUAGAUCAGAUAUUGGUUUCAAAUUCAAUCCAAAACAGUGUUCUUAUUUCAAUAGCAAGCAAGUUUAUAAGCCUUAUCAUAUUUAUAGCAUUACUAAAAAAGAUAAUUUUUUCAAGAAGGCUUUUGUAUGCAACAGUCAUUAAAAAUUUGAUUUUGUCAAUUUUGAUUAAGAAUUUUAUUGUUGAAUCUAGAGGUAAAACGGAAUGAAAACAGGCAAUCUUUAGUUAGCUGGUGUUAGUUCCUUCAGAUUUUUCUUAAGUUUCUCCUUAAAAUAAUUGUUCUCUGCUAAUGUAUUGCAAUGAAAAUCUUGGCCAGCAACUUUAAAUGUUACUGGAAAAGUGAAAUUUUAGUUUUCAUCUUUUACGGUUUUGUGUUAAUUGGAUAUAUUGGUUGCCGAGGUUGUUUGCCGAGGUUGUAUUCAUAAGCAGUCUUGUACCAAUAUAGGAUGAAAAGAAUACAAACUUCCGUGUAACUCAAUAAAACAUUUAAU